GGCGGGGCUACACGCCGGGAUAUCAACAAGUUGCAACGAGAACGCACACGUGCCAUUUUGAUUUUGGUCUCACAGCAGCGACGAACAGACACGAGUCAACCUUCCAGACAUGAAAGCUUUAUCUCCAGAGUCUCCCCGACCGCGCUCCAUGAGAAGGUUCUCCAAACCUGUGAUGGAGAAACGCAGAAGGGAGAGGAUCAACCAGAGUCUGGAGACUUUACGACUCCUGAUGCUGGAGAACACCGACAGUGAGAAUCUGAAGAAUCCAAAGGUGGAGAAGGCAGAGAUCCUGGACAGUGUGGUCCACUUCCUGAGGACAAAGAACGAGGUGGAGAGGGCUCACCGGGCCCGGAACGGAGUCCCGAGCAGGGAGCUGGGACAUGCGUGUACCCGCCAGCACAACUACCAUGAAGGCAUGAGGGCCUGUCUGAUGAGGGUCAGCCACUUCAUAGCCAGCAAGAGCCAGGAGUUAGGGGAGGGCUGCGGGGAGGCAUUGCGGGCUUCCCUCGCGUAUCCCGAACCCCAGACCCACCCUUCAUCCCCAGGGGACAUGUACAGGGAGCUGACCCCCUCCCCUGCAGCUCUGUCUCCUCAACAUCUGCAACAUCAGCACGCCAUGUCCCACCCAUACCUCACCCAGGUGCCUGGCCUCCACUGUGACACCAGGGAGCCCUUCUCCUCCACCGUUGGCCCCACGCACGUCACCGAUCCUGUGUGGAGGCCCUGGCCUCAGUGACAGACACUUUGACACAGAUGUUAUUUUCUAUAUAUGGCUGCUAUAGAUGCCGACAGACUGUAAAUAUGUAUGUUGUUGUACAGCCUGGAUUCUAUUGUACAGUGAAGAUAUUUUCCAUGAAAACUCCCACGUAAGAUUAAAUUCUCCACUUUCAUGUGGAGCUGUUGCCUUUCGGUUCUUAUGAUUCGCAGCGCACCAUGUUUUUUCUUUCUUUCUUUUUUUUUGAGUUUAACUGUAAAUAUGUGAUGUUUUGAGGUGGCAGUGUCUGUGCACUGUUAUUUUUUUAUAUACGAAUACCCAAGUGUAUUCGUUGCUGCAGAAACGCGAGCGUCAAAAUGCCUUUUUUCCUCUUUUUUUUUUACAGCUUGAUCAGAAUUGUUGUUCUUGUUUUGCUGCCUUUGUUUGAUGUUGUAAAUAUUUCACACGUGAAAAGUGGAAGACCGUGAAUUUAUUUUAUGACUGUGUUUUUUGCUGAAUUCUCUGUCCCCACAAUAAAAGUACAAUUUCCUGAUCAUUCCUGA